AAUAAAUAUUUCAUUUGAAUGAGAAUAAUAAAUAAAAAGGCAAUGCUUUUAUGAUCCUCUUACCUUUAAUCUUCUUCGUCUCUCUAUCUUCCUCGAUCUCCGCCGAUUCCUUCGUCUUUCCCUUUCCUCUCUGUAAACCUUUUCUUCUUCUUCUUCUUCAAUGCCUCCCUAAAACCCUAGACUCAGAAUUCUCAAAGGCGACACCUUUAACCUCCUCCACUCUGUUUCUUUCUCCAACAAAAAAUGUCAAAUUCCCAUUUGGGUACUCUCUGUUUCAUCAUCUCUUUACUGGGUUUGGCCAAUUUCUCACUUUCUCAAACCGGUCUCGAUGAUUCGACUAUGCAAUCUCUCAAAUCAAGUCUGAAUCUUACAUCAGACGUCGAUUGGUCUAACCCUAACCCUUGUAAAUGGCAAUCUGUUCAAUGCGAUGGAAGUAAUCGUGUUACUAAGAUUCAGCUUAAACAAAAAGGGAUUCGUGGAACUCUUCCUACUAAUCUUCAGAGUCUCUCUGAAUUGGUUAUUCUCGAGCUUUUUCUCAAUCGUAUCUCUGGUCCUAUUCCUGAUCUCUCUGGCUUAUCUCGUUUACAGACUCUGAAUCUACACGACAAUCUUUUUACCUCUGUACCGAAGAAUCUCUUCUCUGGUAUGAGUUCUCUUCAAGAAAUGUAUCUCGAGAACAAUCCGUUUGAUCCUUGGGUAAUUCCAGACACCGUUAAAGAAGCUACGUCUCUGCAGAAUCUAACUCUCUCCAAUUGCAGCAUUAUUGGAAAGAUCCCAGAUUUCUUCGGUUCUCAGUCACUUCCGAGCUUGACGAAUCUGAAACUAUCUCAGAAUGGUUUAGAAGGAGAGUUACCGAUGAGUUUUGCUGGUACUUCGAUUCAGUCUCUGUUCUUGAAUGGUCAGAAGCUUAAUGGAUCGAUCUCGGUAUUGGGGAACAUGACUUCGCUCGUUGAGGUUUCUCUUCAAGGAAAUCAGUUCUCAGGUCCAAUUCCUGAUCUCUCUGGUUUGGUAUCUCUACGUGUGUUUAAUGUUAGAGAGAAUCAGCUCACUGGUGUUGUUCCACAGUCUUUGGUUAGUUUGAGUUCGCUUACUACUGUGAAUUUAACUAAUAAUUAUCUUCAAGGACCGACUCCGUUGUUUGGCAAAUCCGUUGGUGUUGAUAUAGUCAACAACAUGAAUAGCUUUUGUACUAAUGUAGCUGGUGAGGCUUGUGAUCCUCGUGUGGAUACUUUGGUAUCUGUAGCUGAAUCAUUUGGAUAUCCAGUGAAGCUUGCGGAAAGUUGGAAAGGAAACAAUCCUUGUGUUAACUGGGUUGGGAUUACUUGUUCUGGAGGUAACAUUACGGUUGUUAAUAUGAGGAAACAGGAUCUCUCGGGUACGAUUUCUCCGAGUUUAGCUAAGCUUACUUCAUUGGAGACUAUCAAUCUUGCUGAUAAUAAACUCUCCGGGCAUAUACCUGAUGAGCUUACCACAUUGUCUAAGCUUAGGUUACUUGAUGUGUCUAACAACGAUUUUUAUGGAAUACCGCCAAAGUUUCGGGAUACUGUGACUUUGGUGACUGAAGGGAACGCUAACAUGGGGAAGAAUGGACCUAACAAAACGAGUGAUGCUCCUGGAGCUUCACCAGGAAGUAAACCUUCAGGAGGAAGUGAUGGCAGUGAAACUUCUAAGAAAUCAAGCAAUGUCAAGAUUAUUGUUCCUGUGGUUGGUGGGGUUGUUGGUGCAUUGUGUUUGGUUGGGCUUGGUGUGUGUCUUUAUGCGAAGAAAAGGAAGCGACCUGCUAGAGUUCAAAGUCCAAGCAGCAACAUGGUUAUUCAUCCGCAUCAUUCGGGUGACAACGAUGACAUUAAACUCACUGUUGCAGCUUCUAGUCUUAACAGUGGUGGAGGAAGUGAUAGCUACAGUCACAGCGGAAGUGCAGCGAGUGAUAUUCACGUUGUUGAAGCUGGGAACUUGGUUAUAUCGAUACAGGUCUUGAGGAAUGUGACGAAUAACUUCAGCGAAGAGAAUAUUCUCGGGAGAGGUGGUUUCGGGACAGUUUACAAAGGCGAACUCCACGAUGGAACAAAAAUAGCUGUGAAGAGAAUGGAGUCUUCGGUUGUGAGUGAUAAGGGACUUACUGAGUUUAAAUCUGAGAUCACUGUUCUGACUAAAAUGCGUCAUCGUCAUCUCGUUGCGCUUCUCGGUUACUGCCUUGACGGGAACGAGAGGCUUCUUGUCUACGAGUACAUGCCACAGGGGACACUAAGUCAGCAUUUGUUCCACUGGAAAGAGGAAGGGCGAAAACCGUUAGACUGGACUAGACGGCUGGCGAUUGCAUUGGAUGUAGCUCGAGGUGUCGAGUAUCUGCACACACUUGCGCAUCAGAGCUUUAUCCAUAGGGAUCUAAAGCCAUCAAACAUCCUUCUUGGUGAUGAUAUGCGCGCUAAAGUCUCUGACUUUGGGUUAGUACGUUUAGCCCCUGAUGGCAAAUACUCCAUUGAGACUCGAGUAGCUGGGACUUUCGGAUACCUUGCCCCAGAAUACGCAGUGACGGGAAGAGUGACGACCAAGGUAGACAUUUUCAGCCUUGGGGUCAUACUUAUGGAGCUAAUCACUGGUCGUAAAGCCCUAGACGAGACGCAACCCGAAGACAGCGUCCAUCUAGUCACAUGGUUCCGUCGGGUAGCAGCCAGCAAAGACGAAAAUGCCUUCAAAAACGCAAUAGACCCAAACAUCAGCCUCGACGACGAUACCGUAGCCAGUAUUGAAAAAGUCUGGGAGCUUGCUGGUCAUUGCUGUGCCCGUGAGCCUUACCAAAGACCUGACAUGGCUCACAUCGUUAACGUCCUUUCUUCACUCACCGUCCAAUGGAAACCAACUGAGACCGACCCUGAUGACGUCUAUGGGAUAGACUACGAUAUGCCGCUUCCGCAGGUGCUUAAGAAAUGGCAAGCUUUCGAGGGACUAAGCCAGACCGCGGAUGACUCGGGAUCUUCGUCUUCGGCUUAUGGAAGCAAAGACAAUACGCAGACAAGUAUCCCAACUCGCCCAUCUGGAUUUGCUGACUCGUUCACUUCUGUGGAUGGACGUUGAAAAAAUCAAGAUUGCGUAAAACGUUUUAGUAGAAGAAGAAGAUGAAGCAUUGUGUGAUAAAUCUCUCUCUCGCUCUCCCUUUUUUUGCUUUUCUCUGAAGCAUAUUUACUUAUGACUUCGUUUUUAUCUACUGCAAGCUUUUGGUUAGUGUAUUUAUCUAUCUACUUUGUGUAGUUUUUAUGCAAAGAUAACAAUCUUUGAGUUCUUAAAAUUUUAAUAUUUCGUCAGUAAAAUCCAACUCAUAAACCGUAAAAGCUGAACCAAACAGUAUUUUGAACUCACUGCGGUUUAAGUUAUUAACAUGUGUUUAG